AUUUCAGUACCAAAAGCGGUAUCCCUGAGCUACACUCGGGCUUACCAUGCGGCAUUGCUCAGGGAGUCCCUGCAGCGCUUACCUUGUCCUUCGCUCCUGCGAUGUCCCUCCUGCAGCGUCCACGGCCAUCUCCUCCGGCCGAUUCCGGCAUCCGGUCCCUGUGUCGUCGGGACGUACGAGGGCCGGAACCGGCGGCAAAUUUAAACAUUUUAAAAAAACUGUCAUUUUUUUGUAAAUUUUGUCCCUAGUGCUUUGUCCUGUGCCCUGCCUGCAUUUUGACUGUUCUUUCUG